GAAAGGCUAGAUUGUUGCAAGUCUUCGACCUCGUGUAAGUGAGGGCGAGGCACUGAGGCCGGCGGAAGUGAGGUGAGAGCGGGGAGAGCGAAAACAGACCGAGGGAGCAGCAGCAGCAACGGCGGCGGGCGGGGAAUUGGAUCGUCGGCAGCGGUCCAGUCCACUCCAGUCGAGGCGGGCGAUCGAUUUUGGCGAUGAGAAGGACGGGAGGGAGAUGCACGCGGGCAGGUGCGCUGCGAGGCUGCGUGGCUGCGAGAUCGCCGUGGGCCCUUUGCGGGACGGACGGGACAAGGGACGAGAGAGACGAGGGAGAGGCGAGGACGAAGAUCGUCAAGGAUGACAAAAAGGUGAACAAAAAGGGGGGAAGGGGAAGACGUCGUCUCGCUCACGGCUCCUUGAGAUAUUCUUGUACCCUCAAACAAGCCACCGGCCAAACAACGCUCCAAUGGAAGUGGGAGGUGGAUCUUCGCAGCGUUCGAUUCGACAGGCCUGGGUCGAGUCGGGGAUCAAGCAAGCGUCAGGGUGCGUCCCGCUGCUGCGAUGUACUCGAUCGCAUGGCUGCUUGGCUUGUCGGAACGAAAGAUCGCACUCGUGCCAGCCAGCGGGACGAGGUGGGAGGCGCAAAGGGGAGGGAGAUCAACACUCGAUGAGGAGCGGCGGCAGCAGCAGCCAGCAGCGGGAAGAAGAGCAAUCCACGGGCUACGUACGACUCCAGGAUAGCUCCGAGCUUCCGAGAUCGCUGUAAUGAUCCCGACGUCGUCUUGAAACGUCCCG